GCCGGCCGUUAGGAGCAGCCAUCAGGGUGCCGGUUUAUGCCACACAUUCUGAGUCCAGAAAUGUGAGCCUGUCAAGUCUGGAGUACAGCCAGAGCCCAGAAGGUACCUGUCAUCUGCAUCAAAGGAGGUAUCAGUUUUGACCAGGAAUCCAGAAUAGCCUCUUGCCUUAAGAACCUGGACAGUAAACACGCGUGGAACCUGGUAGACCUAACCAUUCUUCAAGACCUGUGAGUUCAUCCCUGUCAGCUGCACAUUUUCCUGCAUCUGUUUCCAAAGAAACCCAGCAUGAAUCCUGCCGAGAACAGCCGGAAUGUCAACCAGGACAGCACUCGUUCUGAAAGGGAGACAAGAGACCUGGAGGCAGGGGAAGAAGAGGCCACCACCUCAGGAGAUGUACUGGGUUCAUCCCAGGGUGCUCAGAGAGCUUCCCUUUCUUCCAGCGCAGGGGUACCAUCUGUUGAGGCCUCUAGCAGCCAAAUAAGAGAGUUUUACUCAGAAGCCCUUAGGCAGGAGAUAGUCAAUAGUAAAACAAUUGACUUAAUUCUCUUCUUGCUCCUUAAGUAUAGGAGAAAGCAGAAGACAUGUAAGGCAGAGAUUCUGUAUAUGGUCAUCCGAGGUUAUGAGGAUCACUUCCCUGCCAUCUUUACUAAGGCGACUGAAUGCUUGAGGCUGACGUUUGGCCUUGAAAUAAUAGAAAGAAAUCCCCGUGUCCACUCCUACUCUCUUGUCAAUGCCCUCGGGCUCACCUAUGAUGGUAUGCUUCAUGGUUUUCGAGGCGUACCAAAGAUAGGCUUAGUAAUCGUCGUGCUAUGCAUCAUCUUUAUACAGGACAAUUGUGCCAGUGAGCAGGAGUUGUGGCGUAUAUUGAAUAACAUGGGGCUGUAUGCAGGGAGAGAUCAUUUCAUAUAUGGGGACCCAGGUGUCCUUAUUACUGAACAUUUUGUGCAAGAAGGAUAUCUAGAAUGCAGACAGGUGCCAGGCAGUGAUCCUCCUACCAGAGAGUAUCUGUGGGGGCCGAGGGCACAUGCUGAAACCACCAAAAUGAAAGUAUUGAAGCAUUUUGCCAGCAUCGUUAAACAGGAUCCCAAAUCCUACCCAACUAGGUAUGCAGAUGCUUUGAAAGAUGAGAUAGACAGGACCUAGGCCAGGUUCCCCCAACAGAUGGUACUAUGCUCUGGCUAGCACACAUUCCAGCACACUGGCCAUUCCCAUCCAACAUCAGGCCAGGCAGAGUCUACGUACUGUACCCUUAUUUGAGAGCUGGAAAGAGGGGACUGUGAACUAUUCCAUUCUUCCUGUACUGACUGUGACUCAGGCUUUCUUGUUAUGAAAUGUUGCUACUUGUACUCCAAGGCUCAUUAACUGGACAGUUUUAAGAUCAUAAAU